AUGGCUUAUUCAUGUUGGUGUUGGUUUCCAAUCUACUUCAUAGCAUCUAUAACACUUGGUGUAAUAGCAAUCACUUCAGCAAUACACUCAAAUUCCAAAAACACCCCUCAAGAAAUUCCAUCACAAACUCACAAACUCUCAUCAAAUGCAACAGAAGCUCUCAAAAAUUCAGGUUUCAUUCUCAUGGCUGAUCUUCUUCAUAAUUCUCCACCAUUCUAUCUUCCUCCAAAAAACUCAACUUUCUUUGCUAUCAAAGAUUCUGCUAUCAAAAACACUUCACUCCCUCUUUGGUUUCUUAAAAGUCUUCUUCGUUAUCACACUUUCACUACAAAACUCACCAUGGAAGAGCUUCUAAAUAAGUCUCAAGGAGAUUGUAUAACAACCCUUUUUCGCGAAAAGAAUGCUUCAUUAACAAAGAUUGAAACUUUGCAGAAAAGGGUAGAGAUUAACAAUGUUUUGAUAUCAAACCCUGAUUUGUUUCUUGGUGAAGAAUUUAACAUUCAUGGUGUUCUUGGACCUUUUACUUCUUUACAACUUGAAGUUUUACAAGGUGGUUCUGAUUUCAUUCGUUCGCCUAAUUGUCGAUUAUUCAAGAACAACAAUUCAACAUAUGAUUUCAACAAUGUUAUUGAAUGGAACAAGGUUGUUCAGUUACUUAGUUCAAAAGGGUAUUCAUCAUUUUCAAUUGCAUUGCAUUCUGUUAUUGAAGGGAUUCAAAAAGAUUCAAUGAGUUUUAGUUCUGCUACAAUUUUUGCUCCACCUGAUGUGAAUUUACUUAAUUACCCUUCAAGUGUGCUUGAUAGAUUUGUGAGGUUUCAUAUUCUGCCUCAGAAAUUGACUUAUAGAGAACUAAGUUCUUUUCCUGUUAGGACUCUUUUGAAGACACUUGUGCUUAAUGAUGAUCUUGAAAUUGAUGGUGUUCUUGAGUUUAUGUCUGGUGUUGUUGUUAAUGGAAUUGAGAUUGUGAAACCUGAUAUGGUUGUUUCUGAGAAAUUUGUUAUUCAUGGAAUUUCUAGAGCUUUUAAAAUUGCUGAGAUUACUGCUUGA